CAUACGAGAUUUCAUCAGCAAGCGAGUUGGCAGUAAUAAUAAGAGAACUUGUUACUGAUUUCGUGGCCGCGGAUCGGACCUCACCAAUAUCGUAGGUGUUGCAGACAUUUCUAUCUCAGGUUAAAUGCUUAAUUUAUGAAACAUUGUUAACUUCCACGUAGUUUUCCGUUUCAAAGAAGGUGACACGUUAGUUAUGUGAUGUUUGACUUCUAUUUCUAGUGUUUUUAACGACCAUCUGGGGGCUUUCUCGUUGUUUGUGUAAUAGGGUUUUACGUGGAGUUAAAUAAAUGCGGAAAGUAGGAAGAAGAGACAGCGAUAAGAAUGAGAGAGAAAAGGCUAGAGAGAGGAGAAAGAGAGAGAUAGAGAGAGAGGGACGAAGAAAGAAAGAGAAAGGGGUGAAGAGAAGAUAUACGUGUAGAGAAAUCUUGGAAAUGGAAUAAAGAUCUAGCGAGAGAAAAGCAAGUAAGAGAAUAGAAAUUGAAAGCAGGAUAGAGAGGGAAAGAGAGAGAGAGAGAGAAGGAAACAAAAGUAGUGAGGAGAACGGAGAGAAGGAACAUUGAAUAUGUGGCGGAGAAGAAAGAGAAAGUGUAAGAAAAUAAAGAAAUCGAAAAAGAUAGCGUAAGAGAAAAAGAGGGAGGGAGAAAAAAGGAAUAGGCAGAGAAUAAGAUGGAAUGAAGUUUAAAGGACGAAAUAUAGUUUAAAAGGAAUCUGAAGGAGAAAUGGUGAGAGGGAAAUACAUGUGUUUGAUAGAGAGUGAAAUGUAAGCGAUUGUGAGUGAGGGAAUGAGGAGAAGAGGAAGAAUGAAUGAGUAGGAGUAUAGAAGUGAUAAGAUAGAAGCUUAGAUUAAGAGAGGGAGAGAGAGUGAAGGAGUGAGUGAGUUCACGCGAAAGAGAGAUAAGGAAAAAGAGUGAGUGAAAACAUGUUUGUGUGUCUGCGUGUGCGCACGUGUGGUAGUGAGUGAUUGAUAAGAGCAAAUAGACUAAGACGAAGGGGGAGUAAGAGGAAGAGAGAGAGAGACCAGGAGGGAGACAGAAGUGUGUGUGUAUGUAUGAAAAGAGAGGGAGAGAGAAGAAAAGACUGAAUGAGAGAGUGAUUAAGAAAGAGAGAGAGAGAGUGGUUGCAUUUGUGUAAGGAAGGCAAUGAGAUUGAGCAACAGAGAAAGUGGAAAAUGUUAAAUGAAAAAGUUCUGAGGGGAAACUUUAGUGGAAAACGAACUAAAGACAAACAGAAUGUCCUCCACGGAAAUGUCUAACUGAGAGGAAAGUUAUUUGAUUUGUAAAACGCCACAAAACUGGAAAUAUCAACAAACCAUUGAUUUACCUGGAGAAGCUGUUUUCAAAGUACAUGACAAUGUCUUCUUCAUCGCUGCCGUCUUCUACCUCCUUAAAAUGUUUUGUUUGCGGUCACAAAACUCAUUCUGCAGCCUGUCCGUCCUGUGCAUGCAUCCACACACCUAAGAAAUCUAUUAUUGACGACAAGGACCGGGAUGAGUAUGAAAUAGUCGACAACAAAUUAGUUUGUUUGGGACACAGCAAGGAGUUUUCUGAAUUCUGUACCCGUUGCAAGACCUUAUGUUGCAAAACAUGUUCGUCACAAUUGCACUCAACAUGCACUAAAUAUUUGCUGCCGAUCGAUGUUGCUGCAAGUGAAAUACAUAAAGAACUUUUAUCUCACAAAAUCGAUUUAGAAGACUUUAAAUCGCGUAUCGUGAAAUGCAUGCUGAACAUAAGCGAUAUCAAACAGUUGAAAGAUAAGCAAAAAGAUGAUGUGUUAAAAGCAUAUGAUGAUAUUUUCGAUAUGAUCGUGAAGGCGAUUGAAUCGAAAAAGCAACAGCUACUGCAGGUUAUCAGAAAUGAUUCGGACAAUACCAAAUCAGCUAAAGAUUUGGAACUCAGGUGUAAUCGAGAACUGAAGUAUAUCUCAGAACAGAUGGACCUGGUCGACAAUUCGCUCGAAGGUCAGGAAAACAAAGAAAUAUUUUUUAAUAGAUAUUCGAAGUGUAAUGUUUCCAGAGACUUAAAGACAGUUUUACAAGAAAUUGAAAAUAUAAUGAGUGAUUCUAGUGUUUACCAACUGAGUCAAAAGAAAUCGAAAGUUUUCGAUUUACUUCUAUUGGAACUUGUAUCGAAAUUAUGCCCAUCCGAAGUAUAUUGCAAUAUGUCAAAAGAGACUAUUAAAGAACAAUUAUUAUCUUUAGUUACGUACCUGAAACCUCAACGAAUUUUCAAAUUUUCUACAAAUACAGAAGACGAAAGGGUUUCUAAGAAAUAUCUCAACGAUAUGGUUGUAUUCAAUGAUGGUUGCAUUGUCCUAACAGAUAGCUUUAACAAUAAACUGAAACUGUUCUCUUGUUCCGGCCAUUUGAUUAGCGAAUGCAUUCUGGAAUAUUGGCCGUUCGGCGUAUGCAUAUGGGAUGAUGACAUGUUUGUGGUUAGCUUGCCAAAUGUACGAAAGAUCUGCUUUAUAAAACACCUAUGCCCUAUGUCAGUGAGUCAUUACAUAGUGACAAAAUGGUCUUACUAUUGCCUUACUAAAGUGGACAACGGUCAUCUGGUAUGUACUCACUGUCUUACAUCGAAAGUCGAUAUCGUUCGGGUAAAUAACAAUUCUUUGACUCUCAUACGUACUAUUGAACCAGAUAUUCUCGGAGAAAUUGCCAACAGCGUGUGCUAUGUGACUAUAACACCAGCCGGUGACAUAGUAAUAUCUGACCAUCUUAACGAUUGCAUCAUUUGCUAUGGCCUGGAUGGUAGUUAUAAAUUCACUGUCAAAUACAUUGGAAAGUAUCCUCUUGACGGACCGGCGGGAGUCUGUGUGGACGAACGUUUCAUCUAUCUGUCAGAAAUGGGUCAGUCACGUAUACUGCGUUUAACUUUCAGUGGCACGCUCAGCGGAGUGCUUGUACCCAAAGAACGGAACCUCAUUCGACCGAAAGCCAUUAGCAUCGGUCCAAAAAGGACGAUUGCUGUUUCGAACUUUACACGUCAACAGUCUUUCAUACAAGUUUUCCAAAUUUAAUUGUCAAACACCACGUGUAUGUACUUCGGAAGUGUAAAAAUGAUACCCUGUACAUAAACAAACAAACAAACAAACAUCAGCCUUGUCAUGUCCGGUGUUUUCAUGUUUAAAUUCAGCUAUGGAUCACGUCUUGCCACUCAUACUAUGAUAAAAUAGAUAAAUAACCAACGGAAUAAUACACAGAGGCACUCGGUAUUUAUUUCAAAUCCAACGAAUCAUUUCUUAGCUUUGCAGUAUUUGUAGCUGUUUUCAACGAAGUCAAUUAUGCCAGCGUGCGGUCAAAGCCGGGUUAAAGUAAUUCAAGACGUGUAACAUUUAUUUCAAUUAAAUCACAUUAAAGUUCAUUUAAAUUAACUUACAUUUACAUUCAUUUCAUGAAGUACGAACGGCAACAGUACCAAAUAAGAAGUACCCUUUUCCUUUCCUUGCCGUCCUCUACAAACGGAAGAAAUUUAUUGAUAGUCAAAAUUUGAUGAUAGAAUUAUCAACUCAGCCUAAAGUCACAUUCAAUUUUUCGCGAAAAUAGACUUAUUUAUGAAUCAGGAAAUUUACUAUUUCUCGCCAAAAUUCACCUUCAUUCUUCCUGCUAAAGUUCGUCUUUCAUUAAAACAUAAAAUGUUGAAUUUGUUUUUACACAUGAA